GAGUUCCAAAAUAUAAGAGUUUUUAAUACUAGGAUAGUAUCAAAAACGUUCUUAUAUUCUAGGACAGAAGAAGUAGUAAUCUAGACGCUUUUAUGUUUCUUUACAGACAGAGGAAGUAAUAUGAGUAGAUGCCCGGGUGCUUUGUGCUCUUUUCUGUAAACAAAGAGCGGCAACUACUACACUAAUUAAUAGUCUAGUACUAGUUGCACGAAGCUUCGGCCCCUUGAUGAUGUGGCCUGCAAACUUAACUACUCCAAGUGGGCAGUACGAGUUUAGUUAAGAUUAGCAGAUGCUCAUGAACACAAGUGGAAAGGAAGGCAAUAUACUACAACCAGACUGCCGUACGGCCGACGACUCGAUCCAUCAGCCUAAUUUGAACUCCAACUAGCUCAGCCAUGGGUCCAUCCAUGGCCGACAAGAGCGUGCACUGCCCGGCACCGAUCGGCCCCGGAUUGGCAUCAUCCUGGCCGGUCCGGUCGCAUCACUGCUCGACCACGACCGGGGGCUGGUGGAGUUCUCGUGCGUGUGUGGACGUUGGCAACCCACCCCAGCUGUGCAGUCAAACUUUCCGGCACACCACUCACACUUGGCCAAGAGAAAAGCUCCAUCCUCUUAUCACAUAUCCCCUCGCUCGUACCAUGAAACCCACACAAGAGUGCCUACUAGCUUGUCACGAUAUCGCAGUUCAUAGUACUACCAGCUCAUCUCCUCCAUCCACUUUGUGCCAAAAGAUUAUAUCAUCCUCUUCGUCACCAGAGACUACGGUCGGAUUCUUCUCUUUCGUAUGUCGCCAUGGCCCGGGCCUCGCCUCCUCCUCUUGGCCGCCGUUGUCGUCGUCGUUUCCACGAUCAUCCCGGCGCCGAUGCUCGCCGCGGCGGCAGACGUCGGCGGCUGCACGCCAGGGAAAUGCGGCAACCUGACAGUCUCCAUCCCGUUCGGGGUCGUCUCGGGCUCUGAGGAGAACCGGUGCGCCCAGAUGGGGUUCCAGGUCCACUGCAAGGACGACGUCCCCUACCUCGGGUACUACGAGCCCGAGUACGGGCUCCGGAUCCUCCACAUCUUCCUCCACAACGGCUCCCUGCUCGUCUCCGACGUCCACAAGCUCGGUGACUUCGAUCUCUCCGGCGACGGAACUCGUUGCCAUGUCCCGACGGCCAACACGGCCACUAAAGUCGGGCAUCCGUUCUCCAUCAGCCCCCUGAACCAGAACCUCGUCUUCUACAACUGUACCAAGCCGCUGGCGCCGAGGACAGCGCGCCGAGCGGGGCUGGUGGACACGGUGUGCCGGAACAACACGUUUGUCCGGACGGGAGGUCGGUACAACGAGUCCGGCGGGAUCGACGGCGGCUACGCUCUGGAGGGCUGCAGCGCCACCGCCGUGCCGGUGCUGGUGGCGUCCGGCGAGGUGAAUGCCAGCCACUACCAACAGCUCAUCAGCGAUGGAUUCCUCCUCACCUGGGAGCCGCCGAGUGCCGGCAACGGGAAAGGAAAAUCAACAAGAUGGGAGAUUAUAGUUGGACCAGUAUGCGGGGCUGUAUUCAUGUUCGCGGUGUGUUCCGGUUGUUUUGCCUGGUACAAACGCAAGAAGCGGAGACAAGCUGUAGCUUCAAAUGAGUUCAUGAGAAGUGGAUCAAUGACAUCAUACAGUAAAGACCUCGAGUUGGAUGGUUCUCCUCAUAUCUUCACUUUCGAGGAGCUUGAAGAAGCUACUGAUGGGUUUAGUGCUUCAAGGGAGCUUGGUGAUGGUGGUUUUGGAACUGUCUACAAAGGAAAACUCAAGGAUGGGAGAGUAGUUGCGGUGAAACGCCUAUACAAGAACAACUACAGACGGGUUGAGCAGUUCCUGAAUGAGGUUGACAUCUUGUCACGCCUGCUCCACCAGAACCUUGUGAUCUUAUAUGGUUGCACGUCUCGGAUGAGCCGUGACCUUCUCCUGGUGUACGAGUUCAUCGCAAAUGGGACGGUCGCAGACCAUCUUCACGGGUGCCGUGCGGCCGAACGAGGCCUCACAUGGCCUCUGAGGCUGAACAUCGCCAUAGAAACGGCUGAAGCACUGGCCUACCUCCAUGCCGUGGAGAUCAUACACCGAGACGUGAAGACAACCAACAUAUUGCUCGACAACAGCUUCCAUGUCAAAGUUGCAGACUUCGGGUUGUCACGCCUGUUCCCGCUUGAGGUCACCCAUGUGUCGACUGUUCCACAGGGCACACCGGGCUAUGUCGACCCGGUGUACCACCAGUGCUACAAGCUGACCGACAAGAGUGAUGUCUACAGCUUCGGCGUCGUGUUGGUGGAGCUGAUAUCAUCGAAACCUGCUGUGGACAUGAGCAGGAGCCACAGUGAGAUCAACCUGGCAAACAUGGCCCUCAACAGGAUUCAGAACCAUCUAGUUGUUCAGCUGGUUGAUCCGGAGCUCGGCUAUGACACCGACCUCGAAACGAAGAGGACGAUCGAUCGCGUCGCGGAGGUGGCCUUCCAGUGCUUGCAGCUGGAGAGGGAUCUGAGGCCGUCGAUCAAGGAGGUGGUGGAGAUCCUGACUUGCGUCAGGGACGGAGACUGUGGGGCUAAUAGCAUGAAGAAGAAGGCGUCUCAGAAAGAGGACGUGUGCUUGCUCAAGGAUGGCCUGCAGUUCUCGCCCGACACUGUUAUACAUAGAUUCCAUAGCCAGUCGACUAACCACUCGGUAGCAUCAAAUGCUAGUGGAUUAUCUAACAACAAAUGCUGAAAAGAAAGCUGCAUAGGCCCUUUUUGGCACUCUUUGACACUGACAAAACAAAAAAUAAUAUUAAAGCUCGGCAAAAUGGGGUAUUCGAUGUGCUGCAAUGUUUUGACUGCCGAGGUUGCAUACGACCUCGGAUGGAGAUGAUACAAAAAUCAAAAUUGUAUAUUUUUUCCCAUGAGCAGGGUUAACCAGGCAAACAGGAGGCUAGCAGGCA